AUGGAAUCCGAUGAACCAAAAGAUGUCAAAUGCAUUCUCUCCGGCCUGGAGUCGGCUGUUGAAGAACCCCCAGCCACUCUUCACGACGUGCGAAAUGAUCCAGAUGACGACCGCACGGGUGAAAUUGACGAGUCCGAUCUAGAAGACACCUGUCACGAAACUGCCAGCGUCGAACUCGGUGACGAAAGCUUCAUGUCAAACACACCGGCUCCGUCUUCACGAGCUCUUCCCAUCCCAGUUGCGUCCCCUGAAGUAGAAGACUGGAACGAGAACUGGUUCGUCUCGCUGAGACAUAUGCGUCCCAAAGGCCCCGUGUGGUCGGACGACCGCAACACGCCUUUCAAGCGUUAUGCUGAGGCAGAUCAGAACGUAUUGGCUGACCGUCUUCGGCGUGGGGGAGCAAAGAUUCUCCUUGAUGAGAAAGGCGUGAUUCGCCGUGCAAUUCACCGUGAUUGA